AUGUCUGAUAGAAUGGAUUCAACAUACGAUCACGUUAAUGCGCGGUGUUGGGGAUCAUUGGAAGAAGAUCUCCCUGAAUACCUGUGCGAUGAAUUUUUCAGAACCCAUGGCGACAUCGAUGUUACCGAGGCGAAUCCUGCGGCAAGCAGAGUGGUAGAGAAUGAGGGAAGGCACGAUCCGCAGGUGAAUUCAGAGCUUCCUCAGGACGAAAAUCGUCCUCAAGAAGCAGUCAAGGCCACGGCAUCCGAAUAUCAGGAUGGAAAUCGUCUUCAACAACCAGUCGAGGCCAAGACAUCUGAAAAUAUUGGGGAUCUCACUCGCUUAGCAAUGUUUGACAAACAGAAUAAUGUACUUCGCCAAUCACAGGUUCAGCAUGAACAGAAAACAGUAGCAGCAGCAACGUCGUCGGCAAGCACAGCGUUGUCAAGCAGGCAUACCGCACAACACCAAACGCCAACUCGUGUAGCAGCUGCGCCUGCCACAAGAAUGCAGUCUUCUGUUUCUCAGCAGACUGGCCCGGUCUCGAGCGCAAGAACUCGCUUAACUCCUGUGAGCAUGAGAGACAAGAAGGCUAUCCCCACUCGUAUUGCCACGCACACAGCAGGAUUAAAGCCUGGCCCCUUACGAGUAGUAUCUGAUUCCCAACAACAAAUUUCCAAUACCGUAGAAGCUCCGACUGAGCCCACUACCAGCCGAUUGAGAUCCACUAGUCGUCACGACCGUAAUCUAGCCGGAGGACCGCUUACUCGUGCGCGCAGCAAAGAGCCUGGAUUGAGUUCUGAGACCGCCAACGAGGCUCGCUCUAUACCAUCCGAUCAAGAUAACCUCGCGAUAAGUGUUGGCCAAGUAGGGGUUCGCACAGAAAGACGUGCCCGUGAUCGAGCGCCUCGUGCAAAUACCAGUAGUUCAGCUAGAAAUCCACUACGUAAUGGCCCUGUGCGCAUCGGUCGUUACCCGCAACCCGCAGAUGCGUCUCUGAGCAGUGCUACUGUUCCGAGCGAGAACGAAUUCCGUCGUGAGUUGGUCACUCGCGUUUCGAGCUUGGGACCGACCCCUCGCUCCACUUCGACUCCAAGAAAUGGUAGCAGGGCCGUCGUCACGAGUGCAAAUAGAAGCACCUCAUGCUCUCGUCGUCUAGUUGCCAUUGCUCCUCGGGCCGCCUCUUCGCGUACUGGAACUGUGACAGCAGGAAGCGCUACUGCGCAACAGGGUACCACAUCGCGAGUUACCCGAAACGAGAAUACUCGGCCAAUCAAACCUCGCUCCACUGUAAUACAUUCCACUCCUGUGAUUCCAAGAGAAAAAGGUGAUGGCACUCCUUCAAGUGCUUUCCGCCGAGAACUUCGUCGGUACCCUGCCCCUACGGGAUUAACACCACGUCAUCGGCCCCCAACGAUCCCAAAGGGGUACGGCUUCAGGGCGAAAACUUCCAAAGUGGAGCGUCCGCCUCAGAUGGGUUCGUUAGCAAGCUCGACAGUAGAAGUUGGACCAACGACAAGCUCGGCUACAGAGGCACGGUCCAGGAAUGUUUUGUCAAGGGAAAGGGAACGCGCAAUGAUUGAUCGCCUGGCUGUUCCCAGGAACGCUGCCUCUAGAUCGCCCCUCAAGAAUGUCCAUACACACGGGCUGAGUUGCGUAAAGGGUCGCAGCCGAUCAUCUUCUAGUCGACCAACCUCAGCGCUCAGCAAUAGUAGCGCUCCAUCUUCUUCUAGAGCUCUUUUCUUCUCCGAAGCAAGUCGUCCCGCAUCGGCUGAGCCGAAUGAGCGUGCAGAACCAGCAGCUGCUAACAGAGUUAACUCGGAUGUGUGA